UAUACUCCAUAAUUAUCCUGAUACUCUCCCGGACAUGCUGUCAUCUUAUAUCAACAAUACUAAUGGCAUUGAUCAUCAAACGGAUAUUCUUCAGAAGAUUAACGACCAAGAAGUGAAGGCCCUCUAUCCACUCAUAUUUUUCUACGCAAUUAUCCUGAUAAUUGGUGUAAUUGGCAACGCUGUGGUGCUCUUAGUAUACACGUACCAGUAUAAGAGGUCACCAGCGAGGAUGUUCAUCUUGUUCCUGGCAUCAAUAGACUUCUCGAUCUGCUUAUUCGGAUUACCAUAUCAUAUGAUUGACCUUACUCACCCAUACACAUUUACCAAUGCCAUCAGUUGCAAAAUACUUACAUUUAUAAUAUCAUUAUUAUUUCAUAUGUCUAUCUUUGGAUUACUAGUUAUAGCAGUUGAUAGAUAUUUAAAAAUAUGUAGACCUUUAAGCUCCUUUCAAAUGUCACAUUUUGGAAAAAGAAGGGCAUGUGUUUUAGCAAGUAUUGCCGCGGUUAUUUUUGCAUGGCCUAACCUUGUUCUCUACGGACAGAGUGAAAUGGAAACAAUUUAUCCUAACAUUUCUGGACAUGCAUGUUUCUUUAAAACGGAAUAUACGGAAACCAUUUAUCCAUUAGUUUUCACCAUGGUAACUCUUACACUAUGCCUAACAUCAACGGCCUUCUUGAUGGUAUCAUACUCUCUUAUUUGUCAUCAAAUUAUAACAAGGUAUAGGGGACCAUCAAAAUUUGAAAAAUAUGUUCAUGGCGAGGAUAGUUCUACUGAUGACGUCAUCAUGAAAAACCUUACAGUCCCUAUGGAAAUGAAAUACUCACCUGUUCCAUCCAAAGGCAGAUUUAAUUCAUCACUGCAAAACGUCAGGAACGGUUCAGGUGAUAUUUCCAAGAGUAGGCUUGAAAAUGCGCCUCAAAAUCAUGAACAACCCAGAGAGGUGUUCCCUUGCUCCAACUCAAAUGACCCUCUAAUAGUUGGCAGUGAAACACAUAAAAGUGGUGAUAAAAUCUUCACAGUAGGGAAACCUUUUGAUGGACGUGAAUCUAGUGUAGAAAAACUAAAAUAUAGUUCGGAAUCUUUGAAAAGCAGUCGAGGUAUUUUAUUAGCCCAAAGAGAGACAACUGUCGGAAACAAGACGACAACAAAUGAUUUUGAUUUUGAUGCAAAUGGAAAACUUAUCGACACAGAAACUGCACAAUUACUAGAUAUCCCUCAUAAAGAAUCACUGGGUUCACCAACAAGAAGGUGUUCGGAGCAAAUGAAUACAAUAACAAAUACAGAAGUGAAAGUGAAAAGAAGUCAGUCGUUGAUGCUUCCCAACAGAAAUAUGUAUUUGACGAACUAUUUUGAUUACAAUGGCUUAAGAAUUAAUCAGUCAUGUUGUGUAAGUAUUCCAGGCUCAUCGAGAUCAUCCGUAAAGAUGAAUAAACUGAACUUGACGUCCAAACAACAUUUCAAAAUAACCAAAAUAAUGUUGACUGUUUCGUCAGUGUUCAUACUUAGUCAUGCACCUGCGUUUGUUAUAACAAUUCUCAGCACUGUGGAUACUAAAUUUUGGGACGACUUGACUGAAAGUGAAACUAUAUUCUUUGAGUUUCUCCUGCGGUUUUAUUUAGUAAACAAUAUUUGCAAUCCAUUUAUCUAUGGGUUUUGGGACAAACGGUUUAAGAAGGAAGUACGGUUUACAUUUAGAAAACUGAAAUUAAAGAUUAAAACAUUAUUCCAAUGUUUUUGAAUUGAAUCAUGAA